UCUCUCGCUCGCUCAGUCACUAUCAUACGCGCAGCGCGUGAAAUCUCAGCAGCCAGCGGCACUGUUCGCGGUACAGUAUGAGGUUGCAGUGAAGACGCGCGGGACCCGGGGGCCGUCAUGAGCGGGAAGAGCCUCUUGUUGAAGGUCAUUCUCCUGGGGGAUGGCGGUGUGGGCAAAAGCUCCCUGAUGAACCGCUACGUGACGGACCGCUUCGACUCACAGUCGUUCCACACCAUCGGUGUGGAGUUCCUCAACCGCGACCUGGAGAUCGACGGCCGGCUGGUCACCAUGCAGAUCUGGGACACGGCGGGCCAGGAGCGCUUCAAGAGCCUGCGCACGCCCUUCUACCGCGGGGCGGACUGCUGCCUGCUCACCUUCGCCGUCGACGACCUGCAGAGCUUCCAGAACCUGGGCUGCUGGAAGAAGGAGUUCAUGUAUUACUCCGACGUACGAGACCCCGAGCGCUUCCCCUUCGUGGUGCUGGGAAACAAAGUGGACAAGGAGGAGCGGGAGGUCGGCGAGGAUGAGGCCCGGGCCUGGUGUGAGGAGAACGGCUGCUGUCCGUACUUCGAGACCAGCGCCAAGGACGACACGAACGUGGGGGCCGCUUUCGAGGCUGCCGUCCGGGAAGUCCUGGCCAGCGAGGACCCCAUCGACCACACCCUGCUGAGCAGCUCCAUCGACCUCCACGGAAACCGUAAAGUGGCUCGCUCGUCCUGCUGUUGAGGUGCCUCUAACGCUGCGUUCAAGUCAUGUCAGAUAGAUCGUAUUUAUGAGUUGAAUCACAAGAACGUCACCAGAACGCAUGGUUCCCCCACUGAAUAAAGAAAUAAUAAUUGUGAUUUUCAUCUCACAAUUGCAAGUUUACGUCUUACAAGUCAGACUUUUCGUUUAAACUUGCAAUUGUUGGUUUAUAUCACAAGAAAACAUCUCGCAGUUCUUCAUUUCUCACAAUUGAGAGUUUAUACCUCAUACUUCUGAGGAAAAAAGUAAAAAUGACCUUCAAUUAAAUUUAUUUUUAUUCAGUGGCAGAAACGUGCAUAUUAUUAUGAAUAUUAUUAAGAUUGGGAAACCCCUCCAAGGACCUGUCAGUAAGUAAAAAAUGUAUAGAUACGCAGCAUCUGCAGAUUAGUUGAACAAAAUAAACUACACAAUAAAACUAUAUAAGUUACACUCUUAAAAAAUAAAGGUACUUCACAGCGAUGCCAUCGAAGAACCAUUUUCUCGUUCCACAAAAAAAACAGUUAGUCAAAGAUUCCUUAUAGGGAUGUGCGAUAUUAUUUAGAUAAUAUUUCGAUAUUUUAGUGAUAUUGUGCUGGUAUCUUAAGGACUAACGUGGACUCUUGAAGUUUGUGAUACUGGCCAGUACACACCGAUAGAAAUAAAUGUUUUCAUGUUUUAUGGGCAUUUUUACCUUUUAUGAAGCCAAAAUUGUCCAUUCGUUUUUAAAAUACUGAUAUUUGAAAUUAUUUAAACGAUACAAAGAAGUCUCUUAACUUACUGUUUAUUGAACUGUUGUAAAAAUUCAACAUCUCAUUGCUAAUCAUGGUCAUUUUCAGAGAAAACUGGCACUCGUUGUGUGAAGUUGAUUAACCAGGCUAUGUGAAAUGAUAUAAAUAUAUACACGUCUCUGCCUUUAAAUUUGUAAUCGGUUUCAUUAGACUGAAUCAACACGCAUUAGUCCAGACUUCUGUCUAGACUCCGUAGAGGUGUUUUGAACGGUUUUGGCAAAAACUCAAUGUCAAACAAGUUGUCAAAAUUUAAUGAAACCAUUUAGACAAAAAGUUCUUCUGUGGCAUCAUGUGUAUAAUUGGCCUACGAUAUGCAGCGAAUCAGUUUACCGAAAAAAAAAGUUUUAGAAAGUUGUAGAAAAGUUAAAUGGCCCCCGAAAAACGUGACUUGUCAACUCCCAAGUACGAGCGUCUCAGGAGGACUUGAACGCAGCAUAAAUCGUCCCUGGCCUUGAGGCUUUAUAGCCGUGGACACUGUAUGCUCGAGAGCUCUCUGUGUAGGUACUGACGUGUCUCGCCGAAUAUGAAGUUACCAAACAAGGUAUUUUAUACAUAUUUAUCUCUCUGCAGUCUGGCACACUGAAGCUUUCCCGGCUGUGACGUGGCGUUUAAUAAUGGCUUCAUGUCCUGGACCGCAGAUCUCACCUCCCUUCGGCAUUCCAGCGCUUUUAAUCUUACGUUGUGGUACUUUUUCCAGAUAUUUUCAAACCCACAGACCAAUGUGUUUGAGAGAAAGAGCAUUGAAAGAAAGGGUAUUGAAAGAAAUAAUGAAUUUUAUUUUAUUCAUUUUGCUGAUAAGUUAUUCUUUGGGUGAAGAACGUGACUGGGUCAUAUUUCACCUAAAAUAGCACUAAAGAAUAUUACAGUUGUGUUUUUUUUUAACCAUGACAUUAUUUUCGUGAUGAUAAAACAUUUAAAAGUAAAUAAAAAGAAAAAAUUACUGAUCAUUACAUCAAUUAAAUGUAACUUUCCUUCAUAAAAUAUUACUUAAACCGUAGGCCUGAAAGAUUUAUCUGUUAUUGUAGCAUUUGUUACAUUAGCUUUAAUUUAUUCUGGGUUUAAUAAUUAUGAAAAAUAAUUGUCCACACACAGUGAAGCAAUUAUACAAUUGGAAACCUUUGCACUCUUGAUACGAUUAAAAAAAAAAAAAAAAAAAAAAAAAAAAAAAAAAAAAUAUAUAUAUAUAUAUAUAUAUAUAUAUAUAUAUAUAUAUAUAUAUAUAUUUUACAUUUUGGGUUGAAAUAUGGCCGAUUCUUAAUUGGAUUCACCCUCAUAAUGGUACAUGUAGUAAAAAGCAUAACCUCAGACAAAAAAUAGUCUCGGAUGCAUCAGAACAGCACUACUUUUAGACAAAGGGAAUUUCUUUUCUCAGUUUAUUUUUGAAUUUAUUUUAAAUUGUUCUGUAAGGUACAGCGAGUUUGUUUUAGAUAUUUCGAACGAUUUGUUUGAUUUGCUUGUCAGGUCAAUGUCUGUGUGUAUUUGAGCAAUUUUACAUGCCUAACUGCAUGUUGAAUCCGGGCAGCAAUGCUGUAGUGUUUAAUCUUGCAUAAAGAGCGUGUGUGUGUGUGUGUGUGUGUGUGUGUUGGUCAGUUUGAGGCUUUAGAUCACAUCUGAUUCAGUCAAUGACUCAGUAAUGUGGCUUAAACUAAUGCACAGAUCAUUUUUGGAUCGACAUUCGAAAAGACCCGUCUACAUGUAACACUGAAGCCUCUCUGGAUGUCUGCGGCAGACCCGAGGAGACUCCCAGUCACGGCUGAUAAAUUAGUCCGCGUUCAUAACUUCCUCAAUGUCAGAUCAACAUCCAUAUGAAACCAAAGCACAUGGUUCCCAGUAUCUUGCACUGACCUUUGACCGUGCUUAGAGGGCACUUGUGAAUGACCCUUCCUGCAUUUAUAGGUACUUAUUUUACUUAAAUCUUUUAUAACGUUGACUCAUUUCCUAGUGCUUUUCCCAGGAUUACGAAUGUUUUCUCAGCCUUUACUCUACGUACUGCUGUAAGUCUCAUUACAACUAGAGAGACCCAAGUCUGUGGAUCGGGCAGCUGAUGUUCUCGAACGCUUCUGGCAUCAUUGAGUAACAUGUAGCCGUGUUUCUGUUUACAGCCCUUCGCUCGCCUGCUACCGUACAUUUAUGUAAAACACAAGAAACCGUAUGCUGUUACUCUGUUUUUGUUGAUGGACAUGCUCACGAUGAUUAUCGGUACACUGUGACGCGGAAACAGAUGCAACGCUGUGUUCGUCGUACUGAAGACGCGCGGAAAUGGAUUCAUUGCUAAUAUUGGAAUAUCAGUAUUUGUCUAUUUAUGAUCAAGGUACCAAACAUUCGGAUUGACAGCGACGUUACACUACUAUCAGAUCUGUAUUACACAACGGACAGAUUCUGUUAAAUCGCUCCAGGAUGCAGAAGCUGUUUUUGGAUGUUAUGUUAAAACGUCAACUAACAAUCUCAUCUGGAUCAUAUUUCACCUUAAGUUCAAUAGUAACAUUUUACUUGUUAAGAAAAUGCCGUUUUCAGGAUGGUUAAUGUCUUUUUUUUUGGUGUUGUAGCAUUCCCGCCACAGUAUUUAUGAUGUUACAGUUCACAGAAGUAUUGUAUUUCGUUUAAUAACGCCGUAUUUUUUCCAUGUUCAUUUGUCAGUGUGACCGGUCGCGACCGCAGUGGAGAAUUGUGGUUAAUUAAGGGCAUUACUGCAACGAAUGUACUGACUGUUUGUCACUUUCUACGGUUUGCUUUGUGUACGGUUGGUGCUCGUGUGCUUUUUGUGUUUACGGACACGCUAACAGACAUCUUUAAAUUUGCGUCGUUUUAAAAGCGGGAGCUGUCGCGUUGCGUUUCAACGUCAUCUCCGGUGCAAUAAGGAGGUCAAGACUUUAGUUUUUUUUUCUGUUUGUUUGCAAAUUUACUUUGCAAGAAUCGAAUGCGAUGAAUAAACAAACUGCAACGGC